GAUAAUAUAAUAUGUUUCAUUUUAGGUUAUCGCCACAACAUGGUAGACGCGGAUCUCAUUCGUGAUGAUGGCACUAGAAUUGGAAUAAACGACAGAAUUAAAAGUAACAAUUAUUUUGGAACGGUCAAAUUUAUCGGAGAAGUUGAAUCCACAGAAGGACUUUGGUUGGGUGUUGAAUGGGAUGAUCCACAACGGGGAAGACAUAAUGGCAUUCAUAAUGGAAAGCAGUACUUCACAACAAAACAUGCUACAUCCGGAUCCUUUGUUCGUCCAAAGAAGGUUGAGCUUGGUGUGACAUGCUUUGCGGCACUGAAGGACAAAUACGGACGGAUAAAUGAAAAGAAUGCUGGAGUUGAUGUUGAGGAACUCUAUGUCACAGGUUCUAACAACCAAAUCACUGUUGUUGAAAUGGUUGGGGCAGAAAAAAUCAACAUCAAACAAAGUAAACUAGAAAAUCUGACCGAUGUGAUGUUAACAGAUACAGGUGUAUAUGGUGCUGGACCACAGAAUGACCUGGAGAAAUUCACACCAAAUAUACGAGAACUGGAUAUCUCGAAAAAUCUAAUAUCCUCAUGGAUCGAAAUAGUAGAGAUUUGCAAACAGCUUGAGUAUUUAAAACUUCUUGAUUUAAGUGAAAAUUAUCUACAGAUCCCAGAAAAUCCUCAUACUCUUCAGAAUUCAUUCUUAAAAAUUAAAGUUUUGUGUCUAAACAAAAUGAACUACACGUGGCAGCAGAUUCUGCAAUGUAGUUCUAUGUUCCCGUCACUAAAGCAGCUACACAUGCAUUCCAACUGUCUGUGUCGCCUCUCAGCUCCAAGCACUGAGCUGCAGAAAGUUGUUUUGUUGAACCUCGAGUGUAACGACAUCUCACAGUGGGAUGAGAUUCUCAAACUGGCUGAUUUACCCAAUCUUAAGACACUUAUUAUCAGUGAUAAUAAUAUAGAAAAGAUUUAUUUUCCAAAUGUCGCUAAGAACGGGAAGACGACUAUGUUUAGGAGUUUGGAGCUCCUCCUGGUGAACAACAACAGAAUCAGCGAGUGGUCAAGCAUUAAUGAGCUGAACAAGUUGUACAGCCUGACUGAAGUCCAGCUAAGAGGCAAUCCACUUAUGAGCACGAACAGUGAUGAGACCGUUCGCCAGCUCUUAAUUGCCAAGAUCGGUGGGCUGCAAACUUGCCAAAAGACACAGGUGUUGGCAAAAGAAAGACGUGGUGCUGAGAUUGACUACCUGAAACGUUUCGGUCCUGACUGGGUGAAGGCUGGUGGGAAUGAAGACUCAGCGAAAAACAAUGUUAGUCCAGAGUUUCUGCAGCAACAUCCUAGAUACAUGGAACUCAUACAGAAACUGGGUGCUCCAGAAGAAUCUGAAAUGAAACCAGAAUCAACCAAACUGAAGGAUCAUCUUGUACAUAUAAAAAUCACCUGUCCUGAUCAUCCCGACAAAGGGACUGUUCAGAAGAAAUUACCACAGACAAUGACAGUUCAAAAAGUGAAGGCUCUAGCUAAAAGAUUAUUCAAAAUCCAUGCAGCAGAUGUCACUGUGUCGUAUGUUAGUCACAGGAUGGAGGGGCCAGAAAUAGAGCUGGAUAAUGAAUUAAAACAGUUGUAUUUUUACUCUAUAGAGAAUGAUGACAUCCUUCAAGUGAAGUGGUGAUUUUAAAAGGACAUGUAGACAAUCUAAUGUUAAUGUGUGAUCCAAGAACCUAGUGAAUCAGUGUAGAGAUUAAAUCCUUGCAUGGAACUGAAUGGCUUGACAUGAUAUGGCAGGAAUCAUUAACAGUGUUAAUGCAGUUGUAAUACAAUUUUCUAAUAUUUUUUUAAAAGUGCUUAUACUUUAAAGUACUGUGCACAAAACUGCUUUCCAAACCAAGACUUUGACUUUAGUAGAAACAACUCUAUGCCACUUAGCACUGGAAGUGUAUGAUUGUGAAUUGUAUCAUCAUCAAAACAAUGGACGGACGCCCAGUCUGACUGAUAGAACAUUGUGUUGAAAAAAUAUUGAUAUAGACAAUAUAUCUAAGAAAGAAUGUGUUUUUUAUGCAAAUGUAACAAAUCUGAUCCCUGAUGAUUCAGUGCUAGCAAAUACAGUUCAAGGAGCUGUUAAAAAUUUAUUGUUGACUUUUGAUUAAAAACAUUUGGUAUGAAAUUAAAA